AAAUGGCUGACAUAGUAAUGUCAUGUUGUAUGUCUGACCAAGAAAGGGAGCAGAAAAGUCGAAGUAGGAGUAUAGACAAAACUCUAGCCAAGGAGAAAAUUCAGUUCAGAAGGACUAUUAAGAUUUUGUUACUAGGGGCCGGAGAAAGUGGUAAAAGUACUUUUUUGAAACAAAUGAGGAUAAUCCACGGACAAAAUUUCGACGAUGAAGCCCUCCGAGAGUUUAAAGUUGUCAUUUUUGCAAACAUUGUGAAAGGUAUGCGUGUUCUUAUAGAUGCUAGAGACAAAUUAGGAAUACCUUGGGGAAACGAAGCUAAUGCGAAGCAUGCAAGCUAUGUCUUUAGUUAUGACACAAACAACAAAUUAGAUGAGACAACGUUCUGGGACUACGUCGAACCGAUGAAGAAUCUCUGGGGAGAUUCUGCUAUUUUAGCUGCCUUUGACAGAAGACGAGAAUUUCAGCUGAUAAUGAAGAGGAUUACGGGUGAGUCACUGAAAUAUUUCCUGGACAGCCUCCAUAGGAUCGCACAGAGAACCUACAUUCCAACCAAACAGGAUAUACUACAUGCCAGAAAAGCAACAAAGGGCAUCAUUGAGCACACCAUCGACAUCAGUGGGGUGCCUUUCUUGUUUGUGGAUGUUGGAGGUCAAAGGUCACAGAGACAGAAGUGGUACCAGUGUUUCGAGGGUAUAACGUCCAUUCUAUUUCUGGCGUCAUCGAGUGAGUACGAUCAGGUGUUGCUGGAAGAUAGGAGAACAAACCGCCUGCAGGAAUCUUGCAUUAUAUUUGAGACUAUUAUUAACAACAGAAAUUUCAAAAAUGUGGCAAUUAUCUUGUUUCUGAAUAAAUUUGAUCUGCUACAGGAAAAGGUGAUACUUGUAAGUAUUAAAGACUACUUUCCGGAGUUCGAUGGAAACCCACACAACCUGGAGGAUGUGCAGAACUUUAUGUUGACAAUGUUUGAUUCACGACGCCGGGAACGUGUGAAGCCUCUUUUUCACCAUUUUACCACAGCAAUAGACACUGAGAAUAUCAAGUUUGUGUUCCAGGCAGUAAAAGACACCAUACUCCAGGAUAACCUUAAGUCACUGAUGUUACAGUGAGUUUCUCCUUCAGCCUGACCUUGGCAAGAAUUAUGGUAUAUAUAUUAUAUGUGACCUUGAGGUUCUUCCUGCAGCCUGAUCCUGGGGAGGCUCCAGCCCUCAUUGUACCCUAGAUUUAGGACAUGGGGCCCCUGGAAUUGGCUCUUACCCCAUGGGUGUGCUGAGCAAAACUUUGUCCUUUACUGAGCUUUAGGGUAUGUAUAAUCCCAUCACCAAUCUUAGGAUUACUGUGUCUGGAGCCGGAUACAGCAAAGCCCCCUCCCACCGCCAGACCAUGGGGCCAGGUGUUCUCAACGAAAGUGUGACAAUUGACACUGUUGACUUAGAAAGCCUUAUAGAGGCUCAUCUUCAUUCUCACCUCAAUGCCAAUAUCUGAUUGUCUACAUACGAGGUGCUGUACUGCUUGUACCAAAAUAUGCUGACCUAAGGUUUGAUGUGAUGCAGAUUGUAUAUAAGCAGGUAGAAACUGGAUCAUAUGGGUAAUACCAUAUAUGGUAGUCAUGAACAAUCUAGGUAUGAUCAUUGCCUACCAUGAUUUGUUAUAUGACCCACUAAUCCUAAUGGGACUGGAUUAUCUGCUUAUUAAUUAGAUCUUUAUAAACUGCAUAAACACAAACCAUUCUUCUGCUGCAUUUUUUUUAAAAAUCCCUUCAUUUUUUUUUUUUUUGCUGGUAAAUCUGUUCUUAGGAUUUCUUGACUGGCUGUUGGUGAAUUUAGAUACAGCUGUACGUACAUGUAGACCUGCUCAAGACUGACGAUAAGCUGUGGACUAUGUUAUAAACAGUGUAUGAUAGAUUUUACAGUGAUGGUGAAGGAUUGUAACAAUAUAUACACUAGUAUUGAUACAUCAUACACUAUAUAUAUAAUUCUAUACUUACAGGGAUGGGUGUUUUAUACAGUGUACACAUACAUACCCACACAGUUGUUUUUCUUAAUAUUGGUAAAUAAUGUUUAUUUCACAACAUAUUGUUAUUAUGUAACCUCUUAUAUUCAGCUUGUCUGGCCAGAGGCCUAGGACAAGUGAAACUGAUGCCAUGACAUGGUGUUCGUCGUUCGUCUCAAAUGAGUUGACAUUUUCGGUCACGCAGUUCACAAUUAAAGAUGGCCACCCUUGUACCUGCUUCGUUUGGCUGAGAUGUUUCUGACUUGAGUUCCAUCUGACGUAUUACUGUUAAUCAAGAUUGGUUCAAAUAUACUACAAGUCUUUUUAUUGUAAUGCUUAGGGCAAUUCCAGUUAAAUAUAUAUAUAUACCCACCAGGUAUGUGGGUUCUAGUUGUAGAAAAUACAGUUUCUUAUACAGUACUGUUUGUUUUAUAACUAAAUCACUUCUAUUGGUGGUUCCUAUAUGACACAACUGGAGUCCCACAUCCCCAUGUUGGUUAGAUAUUUUACUGUAAUAGCUCUUAAUAAAAAAUCCAAGAUUGCAAAUUGAAAGAAAUAUUUUCAACAUUAUGUUCCCAGUUCCUACAUUGUAUAUGCACUAACAGAAUGUAUAUAUAGUCAGGUGAGCAUUAUGGAUCCUGUGAGCCUCUGGGUUUGAAGAGAUUGAGUUGGUGGUACAGGAGGAGGGGGAGAAGUUCCUACUGAAGGAGGGGCAGGGGUUGGUAUUCGGGGAGGGGGUUGGGUAAGUAAAUUCCAUGUUGUCAUAAUUACAAAGUAAUUAAGUCCAUUUAUGUAACCAAUUUCCAAAGAUUAACUGGAUAUAGCAAUUGGCUAAGGCCAGUGGCAUUGUGCUUAGUGAUUGGACGAGACCAGUGAUGAUGUACUGAUUAAAACGAUUGGCUGAUGCCAGUGAUGAGAUAUGUUUAGUGAUGAUGAUGAUGAUUGCUGACCUCCUGAUAAUAUAUUGCUCAGUGUGUAAUCCCGUCGACCCACUAUAUGGUUGUGAUGUAAGGGUACUGCAAGUACUCCACCUGUGUCACAUACCGGUAGUUACAAAUGUAUCAAUCAUAUGUGUGACAGCUGUAUACCCGUGUGAAUGCAUGGUUAGUGAUUUUUAAUUGUUUAUAUAUUCAGAUAUAAUUAUUCAUUGCAGAAGAGUAUUUCAGUUUUAUUUCACCUGUUUCAAAGAGACAUAUAUACAUUGUAGUUGCUACUGUAAACAUAGACCUCUAAGCAUGCAACGUAUACAGUACACCUGUGUGAAGUUAAAGUUAUUAACAGUAUGAAUAUGUGUAUGUAUGAACAUUUUUUUUGAAUGAAUGAGAUUUGUUUACAUUUUAGCUACUGUAAUAUAUAUAGAUAUAAAUAUUAUUGUAGAAUUAUGCAUGUAAUAAUUAUAUCCAUUGACAAUUAUGUACAUAUGUAUUUAAGAAUGUACAGGUGGUAUUACUUGUAUAUGUUUUUGUAGCAAGAAAUAUCCAAUUACUCAAAGGUAGAUUGGCUCUGUGUGCUGCAUUUUGUCACAGUAAAAUACAUGUAUCAGAAUAUCAGUUUGUACAUAUAUCAGAUGCAAGUAAGAAAUUGAACAAAAAUAUAACUGACACAGAAUUCCCAUAUAUUAAGUGUCUUUACAAAGCCCUCUACAUCUUCUUAUUUUGGUAAAGAACAGAGGAAAUGACAUCAAAAUUUAAACAUUUUAGUGACAGUUAAACAUUUAAAAUGUUUGUAUUGAUUUUUUAGUAUGAAAUCCACAGCAGAUUACAAUUAUCAACACUCAACAUUUUAACAGAAUAUAUAUACAGGUUUUCAUGGAUUACAUCCACAUUUGAAUAUGAAACAAUACUGUAAGUAAUACAUCCACACCUAUACAUUCACUGUAACUUUUUGUGAAUAUAACCUUUAAUUUCAAGUAUAUUACUAUUGUUAGCCGGCUGGAAGUUUACAGAUUAGUUCUGGGAACAUAUCUGGUUUUUCUAGUAAUGUAUCCAGGGAGCCUGCUCUUGAUCUGUAUCAAUAUUAGAUACCUGUUAUAUAUUUUCACAUCAGUACAGAUUUUUAAAAAAGUUUUGUUUUCAAAGCACACUGAAAAAAGUACCUAGAGAAUGAGAUGGGUAAAAAAUAAAUUAUUGUUUCUUACAUCAAAUUACAUGUGUUAAAAUAUUACCAAUAUUGAUGACAGGUAUGAGGUCAGUGCACGUGUUAUCCAACCUGUAUUGUCUUUUUAUCAAUGUCAAAAUGAAAUGUAAUGGCCAGACUGGUAUCUGGUAUGUGACCUCUGAACUGUAAAAAUCCAAAACAAAAAAUUGGUCGACCAACUAAUCAUGAGCAGCCUGACUUGCAAAUGGUCGUUAUGACCGACUCAUGAUCAGUCCAAUACUGCUGUCAACAAAAAAUAAGACGACAAAAUAAACACUCUUGACCCCUCUAUGGGUAUACCUUUUUGAAAGUCAAAUUUUAAUUAACAGGAAAGGUAAGAACCUCCAAUCUCUAGAUAGAUCAUGCUCAUCAUCAUGAAUGAAAUACCCUGUCACAAAGCAAGCAAUCCACCAUUUUCAGUUUCACUACAUUAUAACAAUUUAUGUCUAGAUAUUGGAUAAAAAUGAUGAUUAUUUGGAUACCCAGAUGUAUGUUGGAUGGAAAUCAUAUGUUAUUAUACCAUGGAGAUGAAAUUUGCUGUCAUGAUUAAAAAAAAAAUGCUUAUUUUUGUACAUAAAAAACAGAGGCAAAGUAGCUUCCUUUGUAUGAGAACAUUAACAUCCCUGAAAUAUGAAAAACGAAAAGCUCUUCUAGGGUCCAAUACUAUUGCUCUGGUGUUGUCCUCUAGUGUACAAUACUGUUGCUCAGGUGUUGUCCUCUAUAGGGUACAAUACUGUUGCUCUGGUGUUGUCCUCUAGGGUACAAUACUGUUGCUCUGGUGUUGUCCUCUAGGGUACAAUACUGUUGCUCUGGUGUUGUCCUCUAGGGUACAAUACUGUUGCUCUGGUGUUGUCCUCUAGGGUACAAUACUGUUGCUCAGGUGUUGUCCUCUAGUGUACAAUACUGUUGCUCAGGUGUUGUCCUCUAGGGUACAAUACUGUUGCUCUGGUGUUGUCCUCUAUAGGGUACAAUACUGUUGCUCAGGUGUUGUCCUCUAGUGUACAAUACUGUUGCUCUGGUGUUGUCCUCUAGGGUACAAUACUGUUGCUCUGGUGUUGUCCUCUUGGGUACAAUACUGUUGCUCUGGUAUUGUCCUCUUGGGUACAAUACUGUUGCUCUGGUGUUGUCCUCUUGGGUACAAUACUGUUGCUCUGGUGUUGUCCUCUUGGGUACAAUACUGUUGCUCAGGUUAAGAUCUGUAGCUGUCUUUUGCUGACCAUUUUUAGCUCGCCUAUUUGAAGAAAAGCUGCUUACUGGCAUGGUAUAGUUAAAAGCUUUGUUUCAGGUGUGACAAUAAUUCAUGUGACCUUUGUUUGUAUGGAUCUGUACUUAUAUAUACUUACGAGGCUGCUGAACAUUUGGCUUUGAGGUUUUUUUGCAUGAGCCAAACAUUGAGGUAGUUGUUGACUAAAUUUGUUUUCAAAUAUUAUUUUUUUGAAUAGGCGAGCUAAGCUUUUUACCAAACAGUUCUAGUUUUAAGCUCCAUAAAUGGAGAAUAUAUGUGUACAGCUAUAUUACGCACAAUAUACAAUGCAACAGUUACAUAUGAUGAUGUCUAGCUAGUAGUCUGGGUAUUUUUAUGGUGGUGGCCUUAGGGUUCACCUUUAGCUUGUGACCAUUGGAGUUCACUCCCUUUGAGGACUCUUUUGCUGAUCUGUAUAUUAUUCUUGUUUUAAUUUUUAGGAAACACGUAUAGAUGUUAUUUGGCAUCAGAGCCUGUAUAUGUAUAACCAUAUACUUGGACAGAAAAACAUGUUAAGAUUUUCUAUGUUUACCAGGUAAUUCUUGAAUUUAAUUUUUCUAUCAUCGUUUUUCCUUUCGGACAUUAAUUUACAUAUUUGUCAUUAUUGACGAUGAAACAAACUGCUGAUGGAACUUUCCUUUUCAAUUUUGGUGUUGGUGUUUGAUUUCCCUGUGUUUAAAUUUCGGGUAGUGUUGGUAAUCCCCGAGACAUAAUGAUGGAUAGAUAAUUUUAGAGUCUCACUAUUUUGAGUGAAGUAUACAUGUAUACAUUAGAGAACUCAUACAUCAUGUAUGUAUUGUGGUGGACACUAUGUUUCUUGAGCCAUUUUUACUUGCCACACAUAAAAUAUACAACAAUCUCUAAAUCACCACAAUCUCUAAAUAUCUUUCUAUUUCAAUAUAAAUCUACAUAUUUUAAUAAUCCUAUCUGUUAUUAGCUUUAUAUCGAGAAACAUAUUAAAAAAGUCAUUCAUCAUGUGAGUACCAUUGUUGAAUGCUUUAUCAAAACAUUUAUCCAUAUUGUUUUUUGUGCAAUUGACAAAGGAAAAAAAAGUAGUAGAUCUUAGGUACAUCCUAAAUAUAGACACUACUGGAAUAUGUGCAAUUGUUUUUUUAUAUGAAAACUUUUAAAUAAAUCAUUUUUAAAGAUUAUGUCAGGAAGAUGUCAUGUUCAGUAUCAUGUAAUUUGAGUUGAAAUCUUUUGGAUCACAUUAUCAUUAUGUACAAUAUACCUGCUUCUCAGACACAAAUGAUCACUGCCAUUCUGGUAUGUGUACAUGAAUGUAGUGUCUUACAGUAUGAUAGUGCUAGGUGUGGACUUCACUAUACCUGGAUUUACCACUGGAUAUCCAGUAUUUGAACAUGUUAUAGGGAUAUGCCAUAUUUCUUAUCUUUAUAAUAUGUUUAAUAAAUACUGUAUGCUUCUAUUUUCCGAAGAAAAAAACCCCAUCUUGAUAUAUUUUAAACAUACAAGGUGUUUUGAUCUUAGAGGAGACCGGAGGCCGCGGUGGCCGAGUGAUUAAGGUGUCCCGACACUUUAUCACUAGCCCUCCACCACUGGGUUGCGAGUUCGAAACCUACGUGGGGCAGUUGCCAGGUACUGACCGUAGGCCGGUGGUUUUUCUCCGGGUUCUCCGGCUUUCCUCCACCUCCAAAACCUGGCACGUCCUUAAAUGAUCCUAGCUGUUAAUAGGACGUUAAACAAAAACAAACCAAAUAGAGGAGACCAGAGUAUACCUAGAGAAAACCAUGUGGUCAGACAGGAGGCGACCCUGUACCUUUUGUUGUUUCACCAGGGAGUGAAUCAGCUGAUUUGUGCGAGUGUACAGUUACUCAUGGAAACUCUUUAUAUGUUCAAUAUUCAUAAGAAUUUUUAUGAUUAUUAUAUCUCAUUGAAAAUAUAUAUUCCUCAAAGAAUACUGGGUCAACAUCUUAUAGUUUAAUAAAAAAAAUAAAAAUCAGUUGUGUGUCUGUGUUACAAUGUACAUGAUUAUACAUUAUAUGGAAUAGUUUGUUUUUUUCAUUUAAAAAUGUUUUAUUUAUAAUGAAAAAAAGAAAGUGUAAUUUGGCUGAUACUGUUUUGUAUGAACUUCUUCAUUUUGUGUGAAGACAAUGUGCCUUUUAUAUAGCAUUGAGAUUGAUAUAUGUUGCUGAAAAUCCUGAUAUUCCAGACAUAGGGUAGACAUGAAUAGUUUUGCUUUUGUUAUUGCUUGUCCACUUUAGCCAGUAAGUACAGACCUGUUAUUUUCUCAGACAUUGUUAAUCAGGAUAUUUACUAAUUCUUUAAACAAAUAUUUCCUGAAUAUUACUUUUUCUACAUCGAGGAUUUUUAUAUUUAAAAUCUUUAUCAUAUAUUGGCGUCAGAUAAAUGAUUAAAAAUCUGUUAAAAGUCAGACUAAUGAUCAUGAGGUAAGCUGUACCUCAUCACAGGGAUUUGUAAUAUGCCUAGAAAAUGUGUGUUAUACCAAUAUCCAAUUUAUAAUCAUGUUAAAUAUAGCCAUGUGUUUUGCCAAAAGGUCUUACCAAUGCUAUUGUGUGGUUAAGUGUUGUUGUCAAUAUGCUACUACGUAGCAACCUGUUUUAAUCUAUACUUCAUGUAUACGUAGACAUAUACAAAUAUCUAUAUAUCUACAAGAACGCAUGCUGUCAUACUGUACAAGGGUAGUUGUUGUGUGAUUAAAAAGAUGUGCGAAACACUUACACUGAUAUUUUCCACCAAUUUUCAUGAAUAAUUGUUUUGAUUUUUUGUAUUGUGAAAUAUUUGCAUUUGGUUGGUUCCUUUAAGAGCAAAUUUAUAUCUUCUAGGUAAUUAUAUUAUAAAAAAGAACAAAAGAUGUUCAAUAUAUCGACUUUUAAUGAGAAUAUUUCAGAUCGAAAUCAAUACCAUUCAUUUGUUAAUUUUUGGAUGGUGGUCUUAUAAUGUGUUGUGUCCUUUUGAUAUGAUGAUUGUCAAAAUAUAUACAGAGACGAGUAUACAUUUUCCAAGUUAGAUAUUUUAAUAGUCCAAUGCAUUUAUUGCUUGUAUGCACAUGGAUUUACAUAUUUAUAAUUAUGAUUUAAUGCUAGUUGUGUCGGAUAGACAAUAGUUAGGACUUAUUAUAAAUAAGACAAUAGAUUAAACAGUGUAGACUGCAUAAUUAGGAGUAUAUGGCACAAAUCAAAAUAUAUAUGCCAUUUACAGGGGUGAAUUGGAGUUGUCCACAUUAAAGCAGGGUUAAAAUACUUUGAUAUGGCCAGUUCAUUUUCAUAAUGGCACACCUGGUGCAUUCACAAUUCCUGUUUAAAGAAUGGGCUAAAGCCACGUGACACAGCACAAUCUAUUGUUAGUUCAUAAACAUUUCGCUGGGCAUUUAUUUUGAUAUUAAUUGAAUGUCACAGACAUUUGGCGAGCUUAUCUAAACUGAAUCGGUCUAAUAUGAGCUUCAUGCAUUUGACCAGUGUUAGUUUAAAAGGCAUAUUUUGGACAACAUUUGACAGUGUUGGUUAACCUGUGUACUUGGGCCAAUGCACUACAUUUGACCAGUGUUGGUUUAUACCUAUGUACUUAGGUCAAUGAGCUAUAUUUGAGCAAUGUUGGUUUACUUGUGUACGUGGGCCAAUGCACUACAUUUGACCAGUGUUGGUUUACUUGUGUACUUGGGCCAAUGCACUACAUUUGACCAAUGUUGGUUUACUUGUGUACUUGGGCCAAUUGGUUAACCAGUGUAGGUUGGUUUUCUUGUAAAUUUGGUCCAUUGAACUCCCAAGUUAUUAUCGACACACGUGGUAGACUGUUGUUGCUGUUACUUUAUUCUAUCAACGUUUUUGUCAGAUUGACACACUUCUAACAAUAUCUGUGUUGUUUGGCUGGAUGUGCUGUUUGACCAGUGCUUUCGUUUACCUGUAAUUUUCGUUGUACACGUGGACAGGUAUGCCAGUUGUUAACCUGUAAACAGAGACUUUGCGUACAUGAUGCAUCAUUGAUUGUGUCUGGUCACUCUAGUAAGUGGACAUGUCAUUCAUUGAUAACAAUUAUUAUGAAUAAAUAAUUACCAUUUAA